AUGUUCUUUUCUGGUUAUAAAUUUUCUUCGUUUUUUUUUUUUUUUCCUUUUCGUUUUUUUUUAUUUUCCUUCACGGUUUUUUCAUUAUUUUUUUUCUAUAUUGUAUUCUCUUUCUUCCCGUUUUCUUUUCUUUUUCUUCUAUUUCUUCUUUCCUUUUCUUUUUAUCUCUUCUUUUCUUCUUCUGUUUUACGCUGUUUUCUUUUUCCGUCUCUAUUUCUUAUAUUUUCUUCUCUUUCUUAUUUUCUUUCCUUUCUCUUCUCUUUUCUUCUCUUUUCUGCUCCUUUUCUUCUCUUUUUCUUCUCUUUUCUCAUCCUUUUCUUCUCUUUUUCUUCUCCGCUUUUCCUCUCUUUUUCUUCUCUUCUCUUCGCUUUUUCUUCUCUUUUCUCCUCGUUUUCUUCUCUUUUCUUCUCUUUUUCUCUUUUUCUUCUCUUUUCUUCUCUCUUCUCCUCCUUUUCUUCUCUUUUUCUUUUCUUUCUUCUCUUUUCUUCUCUUUUCUUCUCUUUUUCUCCUUUUCUUUUCUUUUCCUUUUCUUUUUUCUUCUCUUUUCUCCUCCUUUUCUUCUCUUUUUCUUCUCUUUUCUUCUCUUCUCUUUUCUUCUCUUCUCUUUUCUUCUCUUCUCUUUUCUUCUCUUCUCUUUUUCUCCUCCUUUUCUUCUCUUUUUAUUCUCUUUUCUUCUCUUUUCUCCUCUUGUCUUCUCUUUUUCUUCUCUUUUCUUUCUUUUCUUCGUGUUUGCUUCUCUUCUUAUCCUUCUAUUUUUCCUUCUCUUUUUCUUCUUUUUCUUCACUUUUUCUUCUCUUUUUCUUCUAUUUUCUUCUUUUUAAUUCUCUUAUUCUCCUCAUUCCUUCUCUUUCUUUUCUUCUUCUUCUCUCUGUUUCUUCACUAUUUUAUUCUCUAUAUUCUCUUUUUCUUUUCUUUCUUUUCCUUUUCUUCUUUUUCGCGCCUUUUUCUUCUUAG